CGCGCGACCGGCUUGAUUUGCGACGUUAAUCUACAUUUGUGAUCCAUUCGCAUCCCUAGCGCUGCGGCGGCAGGCUGCUGACAGCGUCGCUUUACAGGCUACACCCUGGGAGUAGCCUUGUGCCUGCGCUGCGAUGGCGAGCGCCGACCUGGAGAAAGCGUGGCGCUGCGCGCUACAGCACGAUGUCGUGGAGCUGGCCUCCUUCUGCUCGUUCGCAAGCGCAUCGAAGACCGCGCUCCGCUGCGCGAGCGACGCGGAGGUCGACACGCUGCGCUGGCGGCCGGAGUUCCAGCGCCGCUUCCCCUUUCUCUCGUCGACCCAAUCCCGGACCCUAAGCGUGGCGCGGUCCGCCAAAAUAUGGCAGGGCGAGGAGUGUCGUUUCUCGACGUGCUGGCGUCGCACAUACUUGAGCUGUGUCCAGACGAAGCUGCGCUCGGUCAGGCUACGCGAAGGCACCUUCAACACGAUGCUCCAGCACUACGUCCAAACCGGCCAGUUCGAUAGGGCGUGCAAAGAGGUUGAGCAGGGCGGUGCCGCCUUCGAGGACUUCGAUACGGCGCUGGGACUCGCCCUCCGGCCCGCCGAACUCCUGACCCCUGAUCUCGCGCCAGAACGGGAUGCUGCGCGCGGGUUAUUCGUCGCGUCGGUCCUAGCGUCGCAGUCCAGGCCCCUCUCGGAGGGCGCCGAUGGUGGUUAUGUGCGUGGUGCGCUGCCGCCGGCCGCUAGCCACCUGCACGUCUCCGCGGUCCGCACGAUCCUCACAUCGCAAUGGUUCCGAGCGUCGACUGUCGAGUACCGGCGAACCCAGAUCAACCAGGCGAUAGACUUGUCUCGCUUAGCUUUUGAUAUUGACUCCGCCGUUCGCCAGCAUCCCCAGCGCAUGCUGCAAGAGGGCCAGCCCGGGUAUGACCGGAAUGCGCCUUGGGUCACCACCCUGUCCUUCCUUCGGUCGAUGAGCGACGACUAUCGGGAGAAUUUGUGUGUUCUCUACCGCUGCGCAACUACGAUCGGCGAGAUGCUCCGCGGCGUCGCCGAUCAAAAGGCGGGCGACGACGUCGCCGGUAUCGACGCGCGGCUCGAGCUCCUCCGCAUCGCCACGGCCAACCUUGAGGAGAAUGCUGGCUACGUCCAUGACGGGAACGAGUGGGUCCGCGCCGAAUAAGCACC